AUGAUCAUUUCCUAUUCUAUUAUUCUUGCAUUAGUAGCAAUUAAGAAAAGUGCUACAAUUGUAAGCGAAAUUAAAAGAACUUAUUCUAUCCUUCGUAUUAUUCCUGAAAAUAGCGAACAAUUACAAUUCUUAUCAAAAUUAUAUUUAACCGAUGAUGAAAUGGCAGAUUUUUGGAAGGCACCAACAAAAAUCAAUGAAACCAUUUAUGUUAUGAUCAAUCCAGGAUUUAUCAAUAAAUUUGAUCAAUUGUUAGGACAUAAAUCGAUUCCUUAUCAUAUCGAAGUGAACGAUUAUGCACACUGUAAUUACUAUUGUAUAAUAUAG